GGGCCCGGAGCCGCUCCGCCGCCGCCCGCUGAGCCGCUCCGCCGGGACGAUGCCGCGUUGGGAGGCGGCCGCGCUGCUCGCGGCGAUCGUCGGCGUCUGCGUGUGGAGCGACGACCCCGGGAAAGUGAUCUCGGAUCGCUACGCCGUCUAUUGGAACCGCAGCAACCCCAGGUUCCACCGCGGGGAUUACACGGUGGAGGUGAGCAUCAAUGACUACCUGGACAUUUACUGCCCUCACUACGAGGAGCCGCUGCCCGCCGAGCGCAUGGAGCGCUACGUCCUCUACAUGGUGAACUACGAGGGCCACGCGUCCUGCGACCACCGGCAGAAGGGCUUCAAACGUUGGGAGUGCAACCGCCCCGAUUCGCCCAGCGGACCCCUCAAAUUCUCCGAGAAGUUUCAGCUCUUCACUCCCUUCUCGUUGGGCUUCGAGUUUCGCCCCGGCCACGAGUAUUACUACAUCUCUGCGUCUCCCCCGAACGUGGUGGACAGACCCUGCCUCAAGCUGAAGGUUUACGUUCGGCCGACGAACGAUUCCCUCUAUGAGUCCCCAGAGCCCAUCUUCACCAGCAACAACUCGUGCUGCAGCCUUGCAGUGCCGCGUGCCGUGCUGGUGGCUGCGCCGGUCUUCUGGACUCUGCUGGGCUCCUAGCGCCGCGGGACGGACGGACGGAUGGGACGGGACAGCCUGAGCACCACCACGGGACAGAAGUGGGGCUGCAGCACAGCCAGGAGCCUCACUGCACCCUGCCCGACCGCAUCCAGCCCUGCGCUGCAGCAGGGAGCGGGGAUCCCGCCGUGCGCACGGAUUGCGCCCGUCCCCGCGGCAGCGAGCCUCCCGUAGGAUGGCUGCUUUUUACAUUUCUAGACCAAAUAGAGUCCUGUUGGGUGGUUGGUUUUGGUUUUUUUGGGGUUUUUUUUUUUCUUUUUUUUUUUUUUUUUUUUUUUUUUUCCCCCCCCUCCUUUUGAAAGAUCUUUAUUUCCGUUGGCUGGUUCUGCUCGGGUUGCUGCCCCGUGUCAGACUGACCCACACGGGGUCCCUUGUGGCACGCUGCCUUCGCCCGGCGCGGCGAGAUGGACGGACAGACGGAUGCAGCAGCACGGUGCCACUCACACACAGGGGGCAGAACCCCGGAUGGACACGAGGAAAGCGGGGCAGCCCCGUCUCUAUCGCUCACCAUUCCCGUGGGGCAGCGAUGCGGCAGUGCCUGGGGGUCCUGCGCGGCACCGGGAGCCCCUGCGGGCGCUCGGCUGGAUCCGAGGCUGGAGCGGGGCUGUGGGCUCUGCCUGCGCCUCGCUGGGGCUGGAUCUCCCCCACCAGGACGGAGCAGCCUUUGCGCCUGCGUUCUCCUCCUCGCUGCCUCCCAGCACGGCUCCACGCAUCGGCGUCGUCCGGGGGGAGGGAGCUGCAGAUGGGGCCACGCGCAGCCGUGCCCACGGUGCCCCCGACGGCUUUGGCUUCUUCUCCUCUUCCUUUCCUGCAGCCGUGUGGAAAUCCCGAUCUGCCGUCAGCCCCUCAGCACGGGGCUGGGAGAUGAACCAGAGAGGGGCGCGACCCCUCCUCGCCUUAAAUCCGGGACUGUGCCUCCCACCCCCUGGGGGCUCACGCUGGGGACGGCGGCCCCGAGCCCCGUCCCAUGGACACGUUCCCCACUCGGCCCCCCCCCCCUCGUCCCUUCUGUUGGGGUCGGGGCCCCCCCUGUACAUACAGCCUCCAGGCACUACUAUACUGUGAGCGUAUUUUGGGGUUUUUUUUUUUUGUUUGUUUAAUUAUGUAUUGUCGAGAAUGAAUUUUAUGGAAGGGUUUAUUUUAUUUUGAUUUGAUUCGGUUGAUUUUUCUAGACUUAGGACUUUGCUGAAAUCUCUGCAAUAAGCUUCAUCUCGAACCAUCCCAAAAAAAAAAAAAAACCCUAAAAAAAAAUAUAAUAAUAAUAAUACAAAA